AUGGAGUCAUGCGGCACGGUGGUGAGCAGCACGCUUGCUGUCUUCUUGGUUCUGCAUCUGGGUUUGAUCCCCAUUAUGGCUCAGCAAAAUGAACUACAGAUUGGGAUCGCAGGACAGGCGGUGAUUCUGAGCUGCAGUGGCACACCUAAUGGCACAGGAAGUACUGUGACCUGGAAGUACUAUAAGGUUGUUAUAAGGUCGUUUAAAACUACCCUUUUGAAAGGCAAAGCUACCAUGUCCGAUCGAUCUGAAAUCAACCUCAACAGUAAACAACUGAAAGUGAGGGACUUAAGGCUCUCCGAUGCUGGCAUCUACACCUGUGAAUGUGGCUCUCACACAGUCAGUAUCUCACUGCAUGUCUUUAAAUUGACGAACUCUUUAGAUGGGCACUUCCUGUCAAAUGAAGUCCUCGAGCUCACUUUAAUGCAAAAUGCAUCCCAUCCUCUACCCCACCUCAGCAUCACAUUGUUUAACAGUAACAAUAACAUAGUAAGAUCAACCCCCUUCUUACAAAAUAAUAACCAUCAAAAAUACAUACUGAAGUUAAACCGACUGGAGGCUACGGACAGCGGGACCUGGAUGUGUCACGUCCAUUCAGACUCUCCAUUGAUUAAUCAGACCAUCCCCUUUGAUGUGAAGGUAUUAGGUUUUCAGAAUCCAGAUUUGGAAAGAAAGUAUGCAACUGUUGAUAGCACUGUCAUCUUGUCAUGGCGUCUGAACUUUCAGAAGAUAAAAUGGAAAGAAGGUUUCACAGGACAACUGAAUUGGAAACAACAGGAAAGUGCAACCACUCAUGAGCUACUUGAUUUCAAUGUCACAGCACUAGGAGAGCAGCAUAAGACCAAAAAAAGCAGCCACUUUCGGUUUGAGAUACCUGAAAGCAAAUCUGAAAGUACCAUAGAAGUGAAACUCCCCAAAGUCCAUUUCAACCACUCUGGGCAGUACCAGUGCCAGCUGGCGUACAACAGAAGAUACACGCAGAGCAAGAUAGAGCUGGUGUUGAUGAAAGUCUCAGCUAACCCUGUUGGGCCAAUCCCCAGAGGGGCCGAGAUAACGCUGACCUGCCAGGUCUCUAGUCCACUCCCAUCCAACGCCCACUUGCGCUGGGAACGUGUGAAUGGGACUCAGACGGACAUCAAGGAGUCAAAGCAGCAUGAAGUAAAGGUGGAGGUGAACGUCAGUGCCGCAGGGCUGUGGAACUGUCACCUCAUAGAAGACAAUGACAGGAAGAUCAGCCUUAAUUACCCCGUGGAGGAAGCUCCUGUUUGGAUUAGCUAUGCAGUAAUUGGAGCAAGUAUUGGAGGCAGUGUAUUGGUGUUUGGUCUUGCAUGCCUGUGCAUCAUCAGUGGUAUAAGCUGGCAGCAGAGAAGGCAACGGGCAAAAAGGAUGGCACGAGCAAGACAACACUUGCUGGAAAACAAGACAUGUCAAUGUCAACAAUGCACAGACUGCCCUGAUUGA